AUGUCGUCCACGAAGCAAUGCACGCAGGUGGCUUCAGUAGAAGCUUCGCCCGUAGCUCCUGCAGUUCCUGCAGAUCCCAAAGCCAAGGCGAAGGAGAACAUUGAGCGUAGCGUGCAUUCAGCAAGUAUGGUGAACCAGGAUGGUCACAUUGAGGUGCGCCACCUCCGCGAGAUGCUGACGGCCUUGAAUGUCCCAGCAGAUCAUUGUGAAAUUCUUGUGACUGCAUCUGGUGCAGCGGUGAAGGAGGAUCAUGUCCACUUUAGCGACUUUCUGUCCUGGCUCUUUCCCGAUGGAGAGGUGCCCCAAAAGCAGCGCCAUGUGCGUGGCACCGGAUCGAUGCUGGAGGGCCUUUAUGCCGGGCAGCUGUCAUUGGAGGAUGCCUGGUGUCAAGCAAGCUUCAUGAUGCAAUUGGACGAUCUUCUGAAGGUGCAUCCAUACUUGGAACCUGGAUCUACCACGGCAGCUCAUCCUUUGCAGUAUUGGGUCACAAGGUGCAGAGCUGCCUUCACUCGCAAGAAGUUUGGCGAAGCGCAGGAGUCUCUGCGACGCCUUCUUGCAGGUGAGUGUUUUGAAGAGUUUCAGUGUGCAUACUUGGGCUGGGGCUUGGAGGAAGCAAGUCUUAUUGACUUAGACAAGGAUGGCCGCAUCACGCUCCCAGACUUUCAGGGCUUUGUAGGACGAAUGGGAGGUGUGCAACAGCUGUUCGAGCACCGGCGGCUGCGAAUAUCCUCAAGCCGCAAGGAUGUAUGCGACCAUGCGGGCCUCGCUGUGGGCUCCCGCGUUAGGGCUCAUUUCUAUUGCCAUGGGCACAAGAGCAGGUCUUGGCGGGAGGCUCAAGUGCUGGCAGUGGGGGUUGAGAAACGACAAGGUCCAAUGGGUCCAGUGACCUAUGGCGUUCUUCUGGAGUUUGGCUUUGGCUAUUCGGAGAAACACAAACGCUGGCGUGCCAGGCAGGUGGUGCCGCCUACCUGGGUUCUCAGCAGCGUAGAAGAUGCUUCCGUGCAGCUGGCCAUGCGGGAGAUUGGUCUGUUGGAUGAUGAUCAAGCGUUCUGGGCACUGCUCCUUCCUGAGUCUGAGAUGCGAGCUGUUGAACGGUUGACGGACUGUCAGCGGAAGGCAUUAGCAGGUGUCCGUGCCCACUCCACUGAUAGCCACGAGCAGGCCUUGACGCAGGUGAAGACGAGAUUCAAGAGCAUGGGAUUUGAGGGCCGCGAAUUGGAAACAACCUUGGGCUGGAUUCAGGACAUGGCACCCGUUGUCAUCCAUGUGAAUCUGGAUCGUAUGGGGCACUUCAUGGAGACUGACGAGUUCUACCGCAACCAGUUUGAGACGAAGACAUCCAACGGUGCCUUAGAUCCAGUUGCUUGGCAGAAUUACUGUAUGAGACCACUGAUGACCAGUGACUUGAAGCAGGUAGAAGAGUUUGCAUAUGUCGGCAUAUGCGUAAAUGACAUCAAAUGA